GUGACAGUAUGAGUCCGUACAGGGUAAAUAGUUUCCGCUCGAUCAAUGUCUUCCUUUCUCCUCUGUUCUUUUUCUUUGCCCCACGUGAGCGCGCGUGCCUGCUGCAGGAGAUGGCAGGCUUCCAUUUCUGAGAACGUUAAAAACGAAUGAGGGGCAAGCUUGAGCAGAGCCUCGCCUUCCUUUGCCAGACAAAAGAGCCCUUAACUUUGCAUCGCCUAUAGCGCGUCAAACGCGAUAAUGGCCCAUAUUUGCUAGCAUGGCGGGCUUUGUGUCAGACAGCGGCAGCGAGUAUGGCUAUGAUUUGACUGCGUCAGACGAGGAGCGACUGUUUGCUAUUGCCGACCGUCUCUCUGGGCUCUCGCCACAGUUGCGGCCCGCUCCAGCAGGCCCGGCGCCUCAGGUAAACCACGCUUCAACAACCCCUGCAAGAAACGCGAUCGCGUCCGGUCAAUGUCAAUCGGCCCCCGAGCCUGACCCCGACAUCUCAUUUGCAAUUGAGGAAACCAUUGCCGCCAUCACCGAUGACGAUCUGAGCUUCGACAUUUCCGAGCUCCAGGAUGACGUUGACGCUGGGCGCGGCCAGGGCUCCGCGCAUGUGCAGGGCCGCCGCCGCCGUUCGCGCGACAGCACGCCCGAGAGCUCUCACUGGAAGCUCGCGCCUUCGGUCUCAGACGGCCAUGGCCACCUCGCUUCUUUCAUUUCCGGGACGAAGCCCCGGUCCAUGCCGACGCUGCUACCCGAUCCGGAAGUUCGCUACCCAGAUUUGAGCCGUGCUCUGUCGGAGGUCCAGGAUGCUCCGCCACUGGAACAGGCGAAAGACGAGGAGUCGAAAGACGAGGAGUCGGUCGAGGACAACCGGUCGCCGCUCCUCCGCUUCCGCACCUUUCCGAUGAAGCCCUUCUCCGUUUCAGACUUAGCUGCCGGCUCGUGGUGUGAGCUUCAGUACUUUUACACCCUGACCAGGCUGCCCGGCGGCAAGAAAACACGCACUACGGCCAUGAAACGAGGAACCAAGGUUCACGAGAAGCUCGAGCGCGAGCUCUUUCAGCCGGUGAAGGUAGAGAUAACCAAGAAGGAAGACAACUUCGGCCUGAAGAUCUGGAACAUGAUCCAAGGGCUGCGCGUGCUCCGGGACCAGGGCUAUACUCGAGAGUUUGAGGUAUGGGGGAUGGUCGAGGGCCACCUUGUCUGCGGCGUGAUUGACAGUCUGGGCUACGAAAACCCCGAUGAGGAGCUCCAAGACGAGGUCAUCAGCAGCCGCGGCAGCAGCCAGACCAUGAGAAACUCGCAGCCCUAUGAACUGAGCACUCCGGGCGAUCACGAGAUCUUCAUCACCGAUGUCAAGACUCGGAACAGCGUCACGCCCCCUCCACAAUCGCAGGUCCGGGUGUCGCUCAUCCAGCUCUUCCUCUACCACCGCUUCAUGUCCGACAUGGCCUCCGACAGGCUGGACUACAUGCGCGUCUUUGCGCGCUUCGGCCUCAAUCCAGACGAGCCGUUCUCGGACUCCUUCAUGGCGCAGAUCGGCGCGAUACACGACGAGGUCUUCGCCGAAGAGGAAUCGGAUGUGGAGUCCGCGUCCAACCUCGGCCACGACACAGACACUAUCGACGGCGGUGACGACAGGGGCUCCAAUUCGGAUUUUGUCUCGGCCUCCUCCAAUCCUUCGCAGCACUCCUCCGCCGAGCCUACCACGCAACCAACCCUCAAGUACCGCACCCUCAGCACCCUCUUGCCCCUCCUCAAGCGCGAGCUAGCGCUUACCUUCCCCCGCGGCGCGUCGGACCUCGGCAAGAUAGUAGCAGUCGAGUACCGCUACCGCGGGCGCGACUCCGUCCCUCGGAACCAAACCGUCAUCCCCACCACCGCCACCGUCGACCUGGACGGCCUGGACCCGGACGAAACCGACCCCUUCCCUCCCGAUGCCGACGCCGACGCCGACGCCGCCGCCGACGCCGAGACGUCACGUCAACAGCAGCAGCAGCAGCAACAACAACAAGACCAACAACAGCAACGGCACCGCCGCCAACAGCAGGUCCCGGAACCCGAGCGGGGCUCCGUCAUCUGCACGCACACCUUCUUCGUCGAGCCCGAGACGCUCGACCUGUUCCUGGCCGAGACCAUGCGCUGGUGGAAGGGCGAACGCCCCCCGCGCGGCGUGCCCCUCGAAGAGGCCGGCUUCAAGUGCCGGUCGUGCGAAUUCGUGGACGACUGCGAGUGGCGGCGGGACCUGGACCGGGAGGCGCGCCGGCGGGCCGCCAAGCGGAGGAGCGAGCGGGAGGCCGCGGCGCGGGCGGUUGGCGAGGUGGGGCCGGGAGGAGGAAAGGAAGAGGUGAAGGCUGAGAUGGCGAGUGGGAUCGACGCGGGGCUGGACGGGGGAGAUGUCGAAGAUGGCGGUGGUGCGGCGGUGACGGGGAGAGAGGAGAGGAGACGACGGAGAGGGAGACCGAGGAAGACAGAAAGGAGAAAGGUAGAGGACGAGAAUACGCAAGGGAUGAAAGGGGGUGGGAGGCCAGCGAGGCUUAGCACGGCAUAGGGGUGGCAGCUUCGUAAGCAGCUAAAGCGGCAACAGCUCAUGUUCCACGAUGGUAUCCAGUAUCCGUUCGCGCAGCGUGGCUGGCAGAAGUCGGUGGUGGGAACCCGACUUUGAUCUCGGAGGUUACAGGCGGACCGGUCGAGAGUUGUUAAAAAAAAGACCUCUCUGAAAACAUGAUGGGAUCGAAUCACGAGUACCAGCAAUCACCUAU